CGCUUUCCUUACACUGUUCCCAAAUUUCAAGUGUUCUAAUCACAUUCGAUUACUGAUCUGACCAUCACAAGAAAUUGAAAAAGGAAUUAAAAAAAAAACGACAUUUCAAUUUCCGCGAAAACUCCAAUCCAUUCUUAUACCUUCCUUCGCCGCUAAGAUCCCAGUUUCCGUUAACAAAUCAAUCAUCCGACCAAAUCAAAUUCACAAUCUCACUUUUCCCUUCUGAUCCAAAGCAAAAGAUAAAACCCCUUUUUAGUUCUUCUGAUUCCCUCUUUAACGAAUUAUCAGACUCCAUCCCGGGAAAAUAAAAAUGCUUCACAGGAGUUUCAAGCCAGCCAAAUGCAAGAUGGCUUUAAAGCUAGCGAUACCACGAAUAAAGCUAAUGAAGAACAAGAGAGAAGCACACGUUCAGCAGUUAAAGAGGGAAUUGGCUCAAUUACUGGAGUCGGGGCAAGAUCAGACGGCCAGGAUUCGGGUGGAGCAUGUCGUUAGGGAAGAAAAGACUGUGGCAGCGUAUAAUCUACUUGAGAUCUACUGUGAACUAAUCGUCGCACGUAUGCCGAUCAUUGAAUCUCAAAAAAACUGCCCCCUCGAUUUGAAGGAAGCAAUUUCGAGUGUCAUAUUUGCCUCUGCAAGGUGUGAAGAGAUACCAGAACUCAAGGAUGUCUCAAAGCAUUUUACAGCAAAAUAUGGAAAAGAAUUUACUUCUGCCUCGCUUGAACUGCGUCCUAAUUGUGGUGUUGGUCGUAUGUUGGUUGAGAAACUAUCUGCUAAUGCACCUGAUGGUCCAACCAAACUCAAAAUUUUGACUGCAAUUGCUGUGGAACAAAAGAUCAACUGGAACCCUGAAUCAUUUGGAGCUAAAGAAUCGAAGAUUUAUGAUGACAUGCUGAAUGGACCAAGUGCUUCUAUGGAGGCCACCAAAAUUUUGGCAGAUCCUCCAGUUGUUCAAGCUUCACCCAGUCAUGAGCAGAGACCUCCAGGCGUUCAAUUUCCUAAUUAUGAUAAAGGCACCCCUAAUGUUCAAGAUUCAAAACACACUGGAAGAAGUGAAGCACCCGCAAGCUUCUAUGAGCACAACUCUAGAUCAUCUCUUCAUCCUAAUAAUUUUGAUCACUCAAAUGCUAGUACCAAUAAUUCGGUGUCCUCUGGAACUUAUCCUCCAAAUUCGAAGCCUCAUGGAACUGAAAAUCAAGGGAUGGAAUUUAGGAAUUCAUAUUCUGGGAAUGAGAGAGCUUCCUCUUCGCCAAGUCAACAUUGGGAAAUGAAAUUUAAGGAUGCUACUGCAGCUGCUCAGGCAGCUGCUGAAUCUGCAGAGCGAGCAAGUAUGGCUGCCCGAGCUGCUGCUGAACUUUCAAGCCGGGGAAAUAUCUCCCAGCAGUAUUCAAUGGAGUCAUACAUGUCCCCGAAUGGUAUGAGACAUGAGGAACUACGGAAGUAUACUGGCUCAUCAUCAGAAAAUGAACAUCAUGCCAGACAUCCGAUUAAUAAUUCCCUCCAUGGAAGGGAUUCUGGGAAUUAUGAACAAGCUGACAGGAAUGAACAACAUAACCAGGAAGGGGGAACUGAAAAUGUUUACAGUAACAUUGCAAGGAGUGGUGAUAAAUCCACUCAUGGUUCCUUCAAGUCAACUGCAGCUUCCUUCAAUGAAAAAUCAUCGGUGAAUAAUGAAAUCAGAGAUGCAUAUUCCGUAACAAACUCAUCUGAAGACAGGCAGAUGGAACAUUUUGCUGAAGUGAGCAUGAAGAGAAACUCAGGUGGAAAUGGGAAGCAAUUUGUGAAUGAACUGCAUGGUAUUAAGAAUCCUCAGAAUGUUGAUCAUCAUGACAUCAGGGAUGGGGAACAAUCAAGAUAUUCUUCGUCUGUUUCUCAAUUAAACACAUCUACUGAUGAUCAUGAUGAUCUCUCUAAUCUAAAUUGGCAGGAGUCAGAAAAUGAUAAGAGAAAGUCUGGUGAAAGCAGGAUGCAAUUUGAGAAUGAACUGCAUGAUAGAAAGACUUCUUAUGAUGAUCAUGAUGUUUUAUCAAAUAUAAACUGUCAGAAGUCUGGAAAUGGUUCUGGUGAGGAUUUAUUUCAUCUCAAUGAUGAAGUAAGCCUUCCAAGAGGCACAGAAGAAACAACAGGUUCUUUUGACAACGCCUCGGCAGUUUUUGAUGAUUAUGGAUCAGAUACUUAUGAAGAUAAUUUUGGUUUGGAGGAAGAGCCUAAAGUACAUGAAUACAACAUGGACUUUUCUUCUCCGGGUCAGAUAUCACCUAGUCAUCCAUUUACAAGUACAAAUUCUUUGAGCAUUGAGCAGAAUAUCAAUUCAGCUCAAAAGUCCGUUUCAAAAUCCAAUAUUUUCUCAGAGGAGUGGCCUGCUUCUGCCUUCUUUGAAAGUUCGACUAGCUCUGCAGUUCCUUCUCAUGGGGAUGACUUGCCUGCAACUUUCGAUGAUUAUGGCCGUAGUUCAGAGAGUGAAGAGGACAUAGGCAAAUCUAGGUUCGUUGGGAAUAGCAAUCCUGGUAUAGGUAGUCAGAAACAAAAUAUGGAUUCCAAGGAGGCUGGAAACAGUAGUCUCAAUCCACGGUUGGUUGAAGGCAUGGAAGAUACUGAACGUUCUAAUGAGUCUAGUCUGGAAGAAAGUAAGGAACUGAACUUGGGAAAUUUGACUGGUGGCCUUCGAAAUAAGGGUUAUAGGCGUCCUCCAUAUUCUAAAGUUCCUGGAGGCAAUGCGUUAUCCUCUGAAGAAGCAGCCAAUGAUACAUCUACUAGAAUUAAGCAAUCAUCCUUUCCUGCGGCAGUGGAAGCUUCAGUUAGUUCUGGAUCUUACAUUCAUAAGCCAUACAGUAGGAAAGAGAAUGCUGAAGUAAGUAGAAUAGUCAGCACCAGAGCACCGGUUACUCAGGUUGACUCUAGUGACGAUGAUUCUCAGGAGGAACAGCCAAAACAGGCUUUUAGUAGCACUGAUGAUCAAUACAACAAAACUCCAAGCUUUGAAGAAAGUAAAGGUUCAUACAACAAAAGAUCAAGCUUAAGGACCUCUGUCCCAUAUUUUGAUUCUGGAAAUAGUGGUUCUGAUGAAGAUCUUCCUAAAACAAGUUUAAAGGUGCAUUCAAACACAAGAAUUUCUCGAAGGACGAAAACUCCUCUUUCAUAUUCACGGAGAAGUUCCAAUCACAGAACUACAGUUUCCUCCGAGCCAGCAGUAGCGCUUGACAAUGGUGAGGAAAAGAGUUUAACCUCAAAGAGUCCAGACGCUGAUGAAGCUAUACCAAAGACUCAGCCUCAGAAGAAGAACUCAGAUCACCGAGAAAGUUUUCAGCAUUCCCGGUUUUCAUCUCAACCAACUUCAAGGCUGGUUUCAGAGACUAAGAGAUAUUCAGUUGGUGGAACUUUGAAAUCAUCAGAAAAGGAACAAGUAUCUUCUCCCGUCCAGAAGAGUAUAUCAUCAGGUAGUGCCAAAAGUUCGAAGGCUCAAACAUCAAUUGAGAGAUCAUCGAAGGAGAGUGCCACUCAUGUUCACCCUAAGCUUCCUGAUUAUGAUACCUUGACCGCACACUUAAAUUCCCUCAGACAGAAUCGCUAAUGUAUAUGUAGUUUCUGAAUUUCCAAUGUGCUGUCUAUGUUAUUACGACUAUUUUCGAUUUGCAUGUUCGUACAGAUUUUUUUUUUUUUAACAUUACAGGGAUGUAUAAUAUAUUACUUAUCCAACUAGAGUUGAAAUGUUAUUUGCUU